GAUCUCAGAGUUUCAUAGACUAAAGCUACUUACAUAUGCAUAUUUAAUUAAUAUGGAUUGGGUUCAAUUGGGUGAGUUUUGUGUAAUGGAUUGAUGAACAUGUUUCAACGUAGAAAAUCAAAAAGCUAUUUUUGUUUGUGUGGCUUUCUAUAUAAUAGUUUCUGAAGCAAGUUCCUGCUCGUGUUCAUGAAUUCGAAUAGGAUACUUAUAUUCCGUUAGGAUUCUAAAUUGCAUGAUCGUGUUAGAUUUUGGAGACUUGCUGAGAGAAUUAACUGAGGCCAUUAUUAAUGAAUCUUAAUACGACUGCGAGCCAUCGGGACGGCAAAGUCUUGAGGUGAAGUAAAGAACUCUCUGUGAAUGCGAAUAUUUCUAAAUUGAAUUAUUUCCUUGCGUGAUUGUGCCAUUUAGAAAUAUACUAAAAAGACUUAAAUCAUAGCAUGCUCAUCUUUUUUUCCGUUACGAUUGUUACCUCUCCACCGUAUGCAUUUUGACUCUGAAUCUGUAAUUCUUCGACAUUUUGAAUGAAAAUUAUAUGAAGCUAUUUUAUGAUUUCUGAAAAAACAUUUCCCUUAUUUUUCUCCUUUAAGUUCCUUUCUUCACAGCUCAAAGUUUUACUAUUUUCUGCAAACUUAAGACUCUCUGUUUUUAAAAAAUCGUAUUUUUACUUUUCUAAGCAAAUACUAUCCAAUCCCGCUACAGUACAAAGUAUCAAUGGUUUUGGAUGGAUAUUUCAGUAUUACGCGCAAGCCGUUGGACCAUCCUCUCGGGUAUACGGUUGCCAUUUCUGGUGCCCUUAUGGAAUUGAUGUGCUAUGGUAUCACCAACGGCUUUAGCAUCUUUUCCGAAAAUAUGAAAACUGAUCCAGAGCUACAUUAUCCGGACGCUGGACAAUUGGCCUAUGGAAACUCUGUUGCCGCAGGACUUGCUCCUAUCUUCGGCGUUUUAGCUGGAUUUUUGGUGGACCGCUUACCUUCUCGGGCAAUGUUGCUUACUUCAACAUUGUUUCUUUUCGUUGGCUUAUGGAUCGGGUCCGUUGCUAAAACCCGAGAAGGAGUAAUCUUUGGCUACUGUCUGUUGGCUUCCAUUUCUUGUGGUUUUAUGAUCUCUCCAUGUGCAACUGCAACUGGUACAUGGUUUAACAAGCGCCUGAGCAUUGCUCAGGGUAUUAACUCCUGUGGUGGCGGUCUUGGUAACUUUAUCAUCCAGCCUGUUCUAGGUAUCUUGGUGGAACGUUAUGGCUGGCGCAGGGCUUUUCGCUACACGUCUAUCUUUUGUCUUAUCGGAGUUUUGGCAUCAGUCUUUUCCUGCAGGCGUGCUGAACCAAUUGAAAAUGAUAAAGAGGAGCAAAAUGAUGCAAUUGACAAGGGAGCCUUGAGUUCGGAGGAAAGAAGCACGAUGCCCACUUGCGAAAGGCACUUCUCACUAGCAGUCAAUACACAAGUGCAAUCGGAGACGACACUACAUGGAGAUCAGGCUGAGAACAAUUCUACUGAGAGGGGAGAGUCAAUUCAUGCCCAUUUUACUGGAGAUUGCGCUUCAAAUAUGCACAACAACACUUCAAUUCACGUCAUCGGUGGUUCGACAAAGGGGGAGCUCGAGCAGCAUGAGAUGGUACAGUCCUCAAAAGCUAACGAUAAUAAUGACGACUCUUCUUCAGAUCACAAGGAUCUCAUGCAUGCUAUGCACACUCGACCACUAUCCAUCGUUGAAAAUCUGCGAGUAUUUUUCACAAGGGAUUUCCUCACCAAUUUUUUCAUGUACUUUUUUUUCGCAUGGACCUUUUUUGGUUUGCUUAGCCAUGCCUUUCCGUAUUUUUCUUCGAUGGGAAAAAAAGGAACACCUUAUGAGAACGCAACAAAAAUACCAGACUCAAAAGCUUCAGCUUUGUUCACAUUUUGGGGUGCUUUCCAGGUUUUCAGCUGCCUUUUUGUUGGGACCAUAGCUGGUGUUACCUCUGAGCCCUUUGCUUACAUUACGUGCUGUAUUCUGGGUAGCAUCAUGUGCAUAAUUACAGCCUUUUUCCGAACGUAUGCACUCUUCGCUCUGAGCAUGUCUGUUUUGGGUUUUUGCACAGCAGGUGUCUUUACGUUGAUGCCAUGUUUCAUUGUGAAGCAAUUUUACGGACCAAACUUGGGAUUCUUCAUGUCCACUAUCUUUCUGGGGGGGUGUAUUGGGGGAUUUUGUUCGCCACUAGUUGUGGCCAACCUUGUUCUUUUGACUAAAAGCUCUACGGCAAGUUUUAUUUUUAUGGGCUGCUGUAUGAUGGUCCCUCCCACUUUGUGCUUUUUUUCAAUGUCGCGCCAUAAAAAGUGCGGGAUGCCAUUCUGUUCAUUGUAA